AUGAAUUAACUUUUUGUUAAGCACUCAGGAAGUAAUAAUUAAAAACAACAGUGUUUUAUAAUUUUGCUCUUUACCUCCAUUUCUUUAAGAUUUAUUGAGAUGUACUUCUCAGAUUAUAUUGAAUCAUAUUAAAUAUAAAAUCAAAGAAAUUCUAUAUGCAAACCAUGUCAUCCAAAUCAAUAAAAUAGAGAUAAAAAUUCUAAAAUUCUUAAAUAGUUUCUUGUUAAAACCUACUUAGAAAUGUUUACCUAAUUUUUAAUUUGUCUUUUAACAACUUAGAAUCAGGAACUAUUCUUUAGAUUCAAACAAUAACUAAAAUGUUGGAUUUAUUUUCAAAGGGGUAAUUUAAGAUGGUAGAGGAGUUAUUGUAAAAAUGAAACAAAAAUUUCUUAAUUUGAAAACCAGUUUCUAAUGGCUUUGAAACUCAGAGAAAAGUUAGAUAAAAAAAUCUAGAAUAAUCAAAGAAUUACCUAAAACUUAGGAAAUAUAAAUAAAUUCAAGAUUUAAAAUAAUGGCAAAAGGAAUUAUUAUAAAAUGAAUUAGGUUAUAAAUAGGAAUGUUGAUGAAGUAAUUAAUAAGCUAGAGAAAACUUAAAUAUAUAUUCUAUUGUGA